AUGCCGAACGCUUGGAAUAAUAUUUUGGAGAUUGUUCUACUCAAAUUACGCAGCUCAAAGCAACUGUCUCGCGUAAAGGACUACUCGAAGCAGGUGUUGACCAAUAGGUUUUUGAUAAAACCAGAUCUUGGCGAUACUCUCAAAUCUUCUCUGGCGAGAAUGGCUGUGGCAAUGUUUUUCUCGCACCACAAACAACCGCGUCGUUUAACUUGCACAGCAAAAGCUGAGAAGCAGGCUAAUAAGUCACCGAAGUUAGAGCGAAAGGAGUCAAAGCACUGGUACCCAGAUCCAGAAUAUAUGAAACAAUUCGAAGGCUGCGUUAUAGACGACAAAGAUACAUCACGCUUCGAUCGCUGGUCCGGCAAAAUACCCCCACAAAUAGAUCGCUCUUUUCGUUCUAAGUUUAUUAAUUUUGGACCGGCGCAUCCAGCUGCACACGGCGUCUUACGCAUGGUUUUGCAACUUGAUAAUGAGACCGUUCUAUCUGCCGAUCCACACAUUGGCCUGUUGCAUCGCGGCACGGAGAAGCUAAUUGAGAAUAAAAUGUACAUACAGGGCUUACCAUACUUCGAUCGUCUCGACUAUGUGUCAUGCAUGUCGAAUGAACUCUGCUAUUGCUUGGCCAUCGAGAAACUGUUAGGACUGCAAGUGCCCAAACGUGCGCAAUACAUACGCACAAUGUUUUCGGAGAUUAUGCGUUUAACCAAUCACACAGUGGCUUGCGCCACUGCUGUGUUAGAUUGCGGUGGCAUUACACCACUCUUCUGGAUGUUCGAAGAACGUGAGAAGUUGUAUGAGUUCUGUGAGCGCGCCUCAGGUGCACGUAUGCAUGCCGCAUAUAUACGACCGGGCGGUGUGGCUUAUGAUUUGCCACUCGGAUUCUGUGAUGAUCUUUUCGACUUCAUUUGCCGCUUUCGACAUCGCAUUGAUGAAUUUGAGGACCUCGUUACAGACAAUCGCAUUUGGCGUAUGCGUAAUAUCGGUAUUGGACGCAUAACAGCGCAUGAGGCAAUGAAUUAUGGUUGCUCCGGCGCGGUCUUGCGUGCUACUGGCAUAAAGUGGGAUCUGCGCAAGACGCAACCAUAUGAUGCAUAUCCGGAAAUCGACUUCGAGGUGCCAGUUGGCGUUAACGGCGACUGUUAUGAUCGUUACUUGUGUCGUAUACGUGAAAUGCGCGAAGCAUGUAAUAUAAUCAAUCAAUGUCUCAAUAAGUUGCCCGCGGGUGAAAUCAAAGCGGACGAUCAUAAAGUGUGUCCGCCGAGGCGAAGAAUCAUGAAGAAAGGCAUGGAGGAGCUAAUACAUCAUUUUAAAUAUUAUACACAAGGAUUUGCAGUGCCACCAGGCGAAACUUAUACCGCUGUGGAAUCACCAAAAGGUGAGUUUGGUGUCUAUCUGGUAUCGGAUGGCACUUCAAAGCCAUAUCGUUGUAAAAUUCGUGCAGCAAGUUAUCCACAUUUGGCUCUGAUGAAUAAACUAACCUAUAAGCACUUUUUAGCCGAUGCAGUGGCCAUUAUUGGUUCAUUAGAUAUAGUGUUCGGUGAAAUCGAUCGUUAGAGACUAGAUGUAAAGUUCUCAGAACACACAGAAGCCGAUCGCCAAUCGGGUCAUUGAGAGAAUUUGAAUUUCUGAUAAAAUAGAAUCGAAAAAACGAUUCAAGUGAAUUAAUAUCAAGAUUUAUGGAUAAAUAAAAAAUAAUUUUAACAUAUCGUUAAAUGAACAUUUUGCGAGUAUUUUGAAAUGAUUCUUAUUCGUAUAACUCUCAAGCCUAAUUUUGGUAGGAAGCCUGAUUUUUGAAUUUUUUAGGCAUAAGAGGUAAGAUCUAUAUUGUCCACCACAGGAUGUUAUAAGGGGGAUUUGUAGACUAAUUUACUGUUGAGGUAUCUGUACUGUUUUAACUGUGAAUAUAUUAAUAAUGAUAAGACAGUUGAAUGAGGAUGGAAGAUCCUAAUAAGAAUUGGAACGACAGAAGUUGCAUUUAGUACUUUAAACGGAACAAAAAUGCAGGCUGUCGAGUCUAAACGAAUUUUUCAUUAAUAGAGAACUGUUUGAGGCAUUGCUAUUGACAUAAAAUAGAGUUUUUGACUAUAUACUAAUGUAUGAAUGUAUGAUUUUUUCGUCACUCACAUCACCUACGACCAACUUUACAGAGAUAUAAAACAACAACAACAAUGCGUAUUCAAAAAAUAGUUUCUAAUAGAAAAUAAAAAGUUAAAAGUACUUCAAAUUGCACUCCGGCUGCGCUAUUUAUUAGUGCAAGCAUUUUUCGGAGUAAUUACAUGUAUACGUGAACUUUCAACAAUGUGGGAGCACACAGCAACAGCCACAAUUAAGUGUCGCUUGUUAAUUACUGCUUAACUAAUUAAGGGUUAAAUGGCUUAAUGAGAUUAAUGCAAGUGCAAAUGCAAAAACAAAAAUCUCAUCACACUCACACAUGCUCAUGAAUGCACGCACGACUGUAAAAAAAGGAGAAAAAACAACUCUUCGCAUGCAUAUACAUAUACAUACAUUAAAAAUAAAUGGAUUAACCAAAAAGUUUGUAAAAGAAUACAAAAAAAAGUAAUUGGAAAAAGGCCACCCAUGUGGCAACCACAGCACAGCGCUGCUGUCACCAGCACGUAAAUGACAUUAAAGCUCCGCUAAACUAGGUUUAAGAAAUGCAUUUUUGUAUGGACGUGCAUGUAAAUUGCUACAAAAUACAUAGAGUGACUCUGGUCAGGUCGCUGAUAUAUUGGUAGUCGAAACGAAACUCUUCUUCAGUUAUACUAAUGGUAUAAGUGUAUGAAUUUACGAAUGCAUGUAUGUUCACCGAAACUGGCUUGCCUCUCCACAAGCAGUUGCUACCUUCAAAAUGCAUUAUACCAUUUGUAAAUUGCUACCAAACGCAUGGAGUGACUGGUCGCUGAUAUAUUGGUAGUCGGAAAAGUCUUUUCGUAUUUUGUCACUAGAUGUUGUUGAAUUACUACCAAUCACAUUGUGUCAUACCAUACAGUGUUGGGAAGGUGAGAUUUUAAGUUUGAAGUUUGCUUAGAAAUACGAAAAGACUUUUUCGACUACCCAAUAUAAGUACGUCGCCGGCCAAGCACGCAUAUUUAGUUGCGAUUUAUGGAAAACUACAUUCCACACGUUUUGCCUUUUCACCAAAUAAAAACAAAAUAUGAGAAUAUAAUAGAAUCUGCACAAAAUAAUUGAACGGAUAUGAAAACAUCAAAUUAUCGGAAAAUAUAAAAAACCGUUACGAAAGUCUCCGAACAAUCAGCCCUCUCUUGAUCUUGGCUUCCUUCACUAUUAGGAAGUUGGCAAUACUAAACAGCAAUGAGUUUAUAGAUAUAAACUAUUAAGUGUCACUCGUACCUUUUGAUUAUUUUAAAUUAAAAUGUAAGGCAGAAGAGAGGAAAUUAAAAACAAAACACUGAAAUCAGCACAUACUUGUACAUAAUUUUAAAAUCUCCAAAAAUUUGCCUACAAUAAAUAAAAUUAAGCAGUACUGGAACCGCCGAAGUAAAUUCAUAGAACUCGUAUCGUAUUCGCACACAAAUGUUUCCACAUACAUAUGUACAUAUACACGGACACAAGCGAAAAACGCAAUUAACUCAAUUAAAAUGAGUAUUUAUGUUCAUUUGUAGAAUUAUUUUAUAAUUAAGUGAAUUUAUGGCCGCCAACAGAAUUAAGCGAGACAGGUGCUAUUAACGCGUUGCUAAGUGUGUGCAUAGGUACAUAUGUACAAGUAUAAUUCACUAAUGAACAUGCGCAGCGCAAGGGAGACAUUAAUAGUGUGUGUUGCAUAUAUUUAGGCGCCUGGCAAUUUAUGUUUUAAUUGAAAUUCCAGUUUUUUUUUACUAUUAUAAUUUGAUAUUUAUAGUCCAGAUACAAAGUCUCAUUUUAAAAUACACCCGUACAUACAUGUACACAUACAUACAUCUAUAUAAGUAAAUAUAUACAAAAGCACGGCAGCUACAACUUUGCCUUUGGUUGGUGAACAGUUGCAGUUGCGAGAAACGAACUCG